UUUUAUUGACUAAACGGUGACAUAACCCCGGCACGAGAUUUCCUCGAUUUCGAAGGAUUGAAGUUUAGUUUUAGUGUGAAAAGUGGAUUCCGGUUCCUUGAAUAAUAUGAAUAACUUGCCAAAAUGCAUGCGCCGAGUAGGCCUUCGGCCAAUGUUUCAACAUUUUUCCCGCACUUGUCGGUUUUCCAGUGGCACUAGCAGCACAUCGUCCACCGUAUCAGAACAGGAGAAAAUCGUAAUUCCACAUCGCAUCGAACGCGGUCCAACCGAUAUUCUUAAUGCGCUUUCGAGUACGGUAGGCUUCGAUCCGACGGCUGCCCAUUACAAGUAUCACGAUGAUCCUUUUUUGUUACCGAUGACAAACGCAAACAAGAAAACAUUCGCCAUGGCACAAGAAGCUGGCCGGAAAGCAGCUCACUGGAUUCGACAGGAGAAUGCAAAACUGUUUCAGCACAAAGAAGCAGAUCCACCAGUUCAGGCAUUUUUCCCUACAAUGAUUUACAGUGAAGAAAGUAAGGUUGAAGAAACUGACCUCCAGAAAUUGAUCGAUAAUGUGGAGGUUACCGAUGCUGUUCUGGUGUACAAUCUCCUGAAAAAGAAUAAAGUUGAGAUCAGUCGGGAUGUAAAGCAAUCAUUGCUGGAACUGCUUUGUUUCACCAAUCAGGAAGAAACGCUUUCCGAAGACUACAUUGAAGAGCGUUGGUUUCGACAGGAAGCUAAUUCAAAAGGACGGCAGAAAAAGUCCUGGAAAGACUUCGAACUAGCGGAGCAGAUUUUCCAUGAAAUAGAAGAGAAACAACCGGUGCAUUAUUGUGCCCUCAUUCGUGGAAUGGCAAAAUACAUACAGGUGGAAAAAGCAUGGGCGUUGUAUCAGGAGACGGUGGACAAAAACAUACUGCUGGAUACGAACACAUUCAACAGCUUACUUCAAAUUACCUCCUAUUUGAAAGACACAUAUGACACGAGAUGGGAAUUGGUGUGCGAACUCUUGACAACCAUGAAAAACCAAAGCUUGAAACCGAACAUCGGUACCCUGAAUGCAGUUUUACAAACCAUCACCACUAUUGGAGGCCAUAACCAGCCGAGAAACUAUGCCUUGAAAACACUGUCUGAAUUCAGAAAGUUAGGAAUUGAACCUUCACUAGCUAGCUGGUACUACAUUCUGUCAAUUUUCUGUCGGGAACGGGGGCCCACAAGCCACGUUUUACAUGAUAUUAUGAAUCAAAUCGAAAACAAAGAGUUCUCCAUUGUGGAUCCAAAAGAUACCCUCUUCUUCGUUAACGCCAUGGAUAUUUGUCGGAACCAUUUGCACGAUAAGGAUUUAGCUAAGAGGGUUAACAAUCUAUUGCAUUAUAAGGAUAACUACAAUCUAAUUGGAGAUUCGUACAAAGAGACAAUCUACUAUCGUCAUUAUUUCAGUUUGUUGUGUAGUGCCGAGCCAUUGGAGACGUUCUUGGAAACGUACAAUUUGCUGGUACCGAACGUCUACAUCCCGGAACCAUUCGUAAUGGAAACCAUACUGAAGUCUAUUGAUGUAAAUUGUGCAAUCGAACACUUGCCUCAGAUGUGGUCCCAUAUGAUACAGUUUGAAUUGAUUAACCGGGAGAAUCUUCUGUUUCUGGUACUUCAGAUCAUGUUGGCGAAUCCUCCGACGAGCUCAGAACUGGUAGACCGAUUUACGACCAUCGCAUGGGAUAUGUACACCCGAUUGGAGGAGCUGAUAACCGUAGGAAAUCGAACACAGCAGAAUGCUUUCUCGGGCGUUAUGCUGGGAGACAUUUUAACAAUCUGCUGUCGUGGAAAGGAUUUAGAAAAAUCACAAAAGCUGUUCGAGAAAAUCAACAAUCAACAGAACACUAUCGUGGGAGACCCUAAACUGGAAGCACUACAAGCCUUUAUUCAUUUGUGCAUCGAAGAACGGAAGCCUAGUUUGGCGAUCAGUUGCCUGCAAUACUGUGCGGAAAGUGGACAUCCCGAGACUGCCGAACUGGGCAAGCAUAUCUACAGUUCGUUAACGCUGGAUGAGGCUCUCGUUGGGAAGCUGGAACGCGUCGUUGGCCCUGACAUUCUGAAAAACAGUAAGUCAGGCGAACAGAAAAAGGAUUGAAUGUCAUGCUGGGAAAUUGUCAUUCGAUAGAAUAUAGAGCAAAGUAUUGUGUUUAUUACGAUUCGAUUA